UCAAAAGUGAAAAUGGAUAACAAUAUUCUCCAAUCCCUUCCUUCAAAAUCACCCCUACCAACCAACCCUCUUCUUCUGAAACCCUCGUCUUCGCCAAAAUGUAAUUACCUACCUUUUCCUCGCCGCCGCCGACGGUUUCCCAAAGUUUAUUGUACCAACAACAGCGCCAAUAAUAGCAGUGAGGCCGCAAAACCACCAGUAAGACUGCCGUCAGAUACUCUUCAAAUCCGGUUCAAAAGAGGGUCAAGAAGGCGUCGACAGCUCCGGGAAGAAGGUGCCCGGGGAGAAAGGCAAAGGAUGAACUCAAAGGCUGCAGCUGAAGCAGCUCCGAAGAAAUGGGAGGAAAUGAGCAUGACAGAGAAGGCUUUAGAGUUGUACGUUGGAGAGAAGGGUUUGCUGUUCUGGCUCAACAAGUUUGCGUAUGCUUCGAUUUUCAUCGUAAUCAGGGCUUGGAUAGUUUUCCGGUUUGUUGGACAUGCUCUCAAUCUUUACCAACUUGAUUCUCCUCCUCUUGCUCCCACCUCCAUGUUCAACGGUUCUUGA